AUGGAGCUGUUAGUGGGGGAACGGAAGGUGAGGGUGGAUGCGAAUGUUUGCAGGGGCUUGAGAAGGGCUUCCAAAGUGGGGUGUAGCAGAUUUCGCUGGGUCCAGGCUUUUGUUAGUUUUAUUUAUGACGAUCGUGUGGACCAGAGUGCAUCAUCGGUGGGCCGUCGGGGCGGGCUGGUCGGACUGCAAAAAAAACUGGCUAGUCCAGAAAAAAGGCCGACAGGACCUUCCCAUUGCUGCAGACCCGACGGUGCGCUUGGGAGGUGUCACUCCCCCCACCGCACUUUAGUCCACGGUCCUCGUCCCACGAAGAAAUCCAGGGGUGCUCGUCCCACGAAGGAAUGCGGGCGUCCUCGUCCCACGAAGAAAUCCGGCGUCCUCGUCGGCAAU